AUGGGGAAGAGCAUGCUCGGGAACAUACCUUCCAAUACCGAGAUGUGUGCAGUGUACACAACACACUUUGGGGGGAUUUUGGAAGCAUCAAUUUCUCUAUUCGAUUCGCCCUUUCAGACCCAUACUCUCUGUGGCAGGAGACACAGAGAUUGGUGUUUGGAUGCUCGUUCUUCAAGACACAUUCACCACCAGUGUGACCGUUCUCCUUCCGUCAACAUCAAUCAGCACUCCAAUUUCUUCGAGCUUGUCUGCUCCGGUUGCAGUGAAAGUUGCAGCUACAUAUCUGGAACGGACGAACCCCGAUUUGAAUACCUUGUGGCCGGUCUCCAUUCUGGUACUUGUUGCGCGAGAUUGCGCCUGCCACGACUCACGCCUAUCGUCGCAUUGGAAGAGCCAAGCUGCUCAUUUUGGAUCUGGAACGUAAUACUCCUCGACUUGAUGUGCUGGGCUUUCCUCCGGGGUGCUUUUUGCAAUGUCGAUAACGGCCCAAAGUAUCCAAGUCGAAACCGCGGGGUUGGCCAACAGCAUCUUGAUCUCAUCAACAUGAUUGAGUCCUCUGUAUCUGUCAGAAUGGAUAGCAAUGGCCCAGGUAUAUUGGUCCAUCACCAAAGAAAAGAGAUUGCUAGACUCGUCAACAUGCUUGGUCGUCGUCAUCGGAUGGACCAGAACAUGUAG